AUUAGGUUUACUACAGAAAAACACUUAUGUUUAAGACUAAUAGAUUAUUUCCAAAUAAUUGAAGUAAAGUUUAAGUAUCAGUAAAAUAAGUUCAGUCUAGUAGGCAAAGGUUUCAAAAAUGUUAAGGAAGUCUUGAUUAUCACACUGAGUCAUUUGCAUACUUUCCAAUAUAAAUACUUGUGGCUAAAACCUUUCCAACUAAAAAGCAGAAUUGAAAACUGAAACCUGUAGCUCAGCCCCUUCUUCCUAUGACGUUAUCAUAUAAGCUGAGUAAGCACGGGCAGGGUUUUUUGCUUAAUGUUCUCUGAAGACGGAAAUACAUAUACUAGAGCAGGCAUCUGAGGAGGGAGCUGAAAUUGAGCAAGAAAGGACAUGCUUUGGAAUUUUAUUCCACCAUAUAUUUCCUGCAGCUCAACGACAAGACUGAAAACUGCAACACAGUGGUGAAACCUGGAAGUCUAUUCCCCAAGGAGUUUCGAAGUUAUUUAAUUUAAGCUUACAAAGGAUUUAUUUGCAAUAGUUUUUUCCAGUGAACGUAAAGGAUCAAUCUCUUCACCAGCAUUUGAAGAAAUUAAAUUUUGGAUUUCAAUUAAUUUGAAGGACGAUGUUCCUUAUUUAUGAGAUUUACUACUGUCUAGAUUUGUGAACAUGAAUGACUACAGUUUUUGGAAGAAAGAAAUGACGUACUGAGAAGUCGAAGUGACUGGCUGAGCUAUGAAGUUUUCAAAUAAUGUGGACGCAAGUGAAGGGAAGGACUAGAUUUAUAAACCAUCUGAGGACUUACUACAGCUAUAACAAAGUAAAAGGUACAGAUUUACUGAGGAAUUUUGUAAUCAUAAAUAAGUUGACAUUAUGAUGGCAAACUCCAGUUGUACUAUUCAAGACUCCUUUAAAUAUAUUUUAUAUGGCUGUGUGUUUAGUAUGGUAUUUAUCUUUGGUUUAAUAUCAAACUGUGUUGCUAUUUACAUUUUUACUUGCAAACUAAAAAUCAGAAAUGAAACUACAACUUACAUGCUUAAUUUAGCAAUAUCAGAUCUCCUUUUUGUGUUUACAUUACCAUUCAGGAUUUACUCGUUUGCAUCAAAAGAUUGGCCAUUUGGAGAUAUACUAUGCAAGAUUUCUGUCACUCUGUUUUAUACAAAUAUGUAUGGAAGCAUUUUGUUUUUGACCAGUAUCAGCGUUGACCGUUUUUUGGCAAUUGUAUACCCAUUUCGGUCAAAGACAAUCCGCACAAAAAGAAAUGCAAAGAUAAUCUGUAUCCUAAUUUGGAUAAUUGUGACAACAGGAAGUAUACCAGCAAGCUUCUUUCAAUCCACCAAUGUUCAUGUCAGUACUGAAGGAUGGAGACAUAAUACAUGUUUUGAACACUUUCCUGAAACAACUUGGAAAACCUAUCUUUUAAGAAUUACUAUUUUCAUUGAAACAGUAGGAUUUUUUAUUCCUCUUAUACUGAAUGUGACAUGCUCUGCAAUAGUUGUAAGGACAUUAAAUAAGCCAAUUUCACUGACCAGGAAUAAAUUAAGUAAAAAAAAGGUUCUACGAAUGAUACUCGUUCAUUUACUGAUUUUCUGUUUCUGCUUUGUUCCAUAUAACAUCACCCUAAUACUUUAUGCACUCAUGAGAACACAAGCAUGGAUUAAUUGUUCAGUCAUUACUGCUGUUAGAGUUAUGUAUCCAAUCACUCUGUGUAUUGCUGUUUCAAACUGUUGUUUUGACCCUAUAGUAUAUUAUUUUAUUUCAAGCAGUAUUCAAAAUUCAAUAAAAAUGAAAAAGACAUCAACUAGAAGACCAAGAUUUUCUGAAACUCAAAUUUCUGAUACUCAACAUAGAUUCCAAGCCUUGAAAGCAAGAGUAUUUGACACUGAAUCUACACUAUAAAUCGUGU